AUGCGUGCCUCCAUCGCUACAGCUCUCUGCCCUCUUUUGGCACAUUGCGCUGCCCAACCUUUCAACUCCACUUCCUCCAAACUCGCGAAUACCACUUCAUACGAUACGUCUUGCAUCUCCGCCGCUGACGCUGUUCUCAUCGCCGACGGCUUUGGCCAGAUCCUCUCCAACUAUAGCACCUCAUGGGGCGACAUCCUGAUCGCAGACGGCUACAUCGAUCAAUCCGACAGUGUAGCAACCCUGAUGCACUCACCCAACCUCAUCGCCUCUGAUGUGGGCAAAAUCACCUUCGGAAGCAAAGGAAGCUUCCUCGCCGGCGAGCAAGCCCAACCAGGCGUCCCCUUCCAACUCCUCAACACUUGGUCCUCUUGUAAUGCUGUAACGUUCCGCUACGUGCUUUCUCCACCAGGUCUGAAUGUCCAGGGUAUCGCUGUCGCUGAAAUUGAAGAGGCAAAGAAGAAUGGAACUGGUGUUGGCGAAGGAAGCAAGAAGUGGCAGAUCAAGACUUUCUAUGGAGAGUUCAACUCUGCUGUUUGGUUGACUGAUUUGAAGAACAGCAUCACUGGGUGUGAUGUCAAUGGUAAUGUCACUGGUAAUGUGACUGUUGUUUGA